AUGGAAAAAAUUUCUAGAUAUCAAUUUUUAACAUCAUUUGGGGUUAAUUACUAAAACACUUAUAUGGUUGCAGGAUCUGACCAAUAAAUCUUUGUAUUUUAAUUUAAAGAAGGAAUAAUUAAAUAAAUGAAAAUUCUAUGGAAUCAUAAAGACUAUAUUUUAACUCUAAACUUUUUUAAAUGGAACUAAAUUUUUAUUUCAGGUUCUAGAGAUGGCUCAUUUAUUUUAUGGUCUAUAAAUCUAUUGUAAAAUGGAAAAUACUUAUUAAAAGUAAGUGCUCAUUCUGGAUUUAUUAAUUGUAUAGCAUUGCCAAAAUCUACUGAAAAUUUUGUGAUUUCAGGUAGUAAUGAUAGCACUAUAAAGAUUUGGUCAUCAUAUAAUAACUCAUUUUCAUAAUUUUCAUGUUCUUAAAAGAUCACAGAACAUUCUUAAUGUGUUUUUGGAUUGUCUAUUAAUAAUAGUGGGAAUCAAUUUUUAUCUUGUGGCAAAGAUGGAUUAAUAUUAGUAAUCGAAAAAUGCCUUUCUUAAAAUUGGAUUCUCAAACAGAGAAUAUAAUAUUUAGGAUUUGGAUAUAGAAUAUCUUACUUAUCAGAUUUAAUAUUCUCUUUUUAACCAACUUUUCCCCAACCAAAUAACUAUUUAUUAAUUUAUUAAUUAGACCCUAGAACUUAAUUAUAUGUUUAAGUCUAAUAAUUAUUAGUGAAAGGUGGAGGUUAAGGUUGUACCACCAAUUUUCCAAUGUUAUAUAAUUCUUUUUAAAAUGUUUUGUUAGAUAAAAAUGGAACUUACCUUAAUAUAAUCUCUUUUGAUAGAGAAUAAGAAUACAAUUAUUAGUUUAAUUUAGAAAACAUAAUCAAUUUCAAUACUGACACAUUUUAUGGUACAAUGAGUUUAAAUGGAGAAUAUUUAAUAACAUGGGAUACAAAGUCUGUUUUAAUUCAAAUAAGAAAAUACAUUAGUCGAAAAUGA